AUGUCCUCAAGGCCUCAAAAAUUAGUGCAGCUUGCACUGGAGGAGGAAAUCGAUUCUCGAGAAUCUAUUUUCGAGAUGCACUUAGAUGACUUCAAGAACUUCGAGGCCUUAUUUUCCGGCACAGGAUUACCUCUCAUUCAAAAGAAACCGACAGUGGACAAAGAAAGCUUUUUAGUGUCAUCAGCGGUGUGGCUUGAGGUUCGAAAACAGGAUCCAGGGAUACUCUACUAUAAAACAGACAUAUUCCAAGAGGACUACAAAAUGGUAAACAUGAAUAGAUCCACUAGAAAACCGAUAGGGUUACCACUAGAACUAUGUUCGCCGCGUCAAACCCCAAAAGGACUUAGCAAGAAAAAGCACGAUCAUCUUCUCAUGCUUCUGCAAUAGAUACCAGAAGCAUUUCAUGAUUUUUAUAAAAAUAUUCCUGUGCUGGGUCAACAAGGAGAUGAUGACGACGACGGCGAUUGAAUAUAUAUUCUCCAGAUGUCAUUUUUUGUAAUAAUAUAAUGUAGCCUAUUUCCACCAAUUGUACUUACUGUGUUUCAUCCUAUGCUGCACCUGGAUUUUAUUAUCAUAGUAAAUAGUCGUAACUCACAAAAUAAUCUGAAUAUCAAAUUCUAAG